GCGCGGGCGUCGCGUGGGGCUCGCACUCGAUGCCCGAUCACGACAAGUAUCAGCUGCGUCCGCGCGCGGCGCGCUCCCGAGAGCCGCGUGCGCGCCGCACUCCGCAGCCGCUCAGCAAGUACAGGAGGAAAACUGCCAACGCGCGGGAGCGCAGUAGGAUGAGGGAGAUAAACCGCGCCUUCGAGGCGCUGCGACGAGCGGUGCCUGCCGCUGAAAUCACUGGCACCCCCGUUCCUUGCGAGAAACUGACCAAAAUAACGACUCUGCGAUUAGCGAUGCGGUAUAUUACAGCACUGUCUUCUGCUUUAAGAGACUCAAGUCCGGAGACUGACUCUUCCCGGCCCGACCGCUGGCCUUCUCCACUUUGCUCGGAAUUAUCCGAAUUCUCCACUGAGCAAGAGACUCCGUCGGAAUUCGCUGAGGACUCCUUAUCUCCUUUCGACUCCUUCUUCGCGGAAUUUGACUACGAGUACAUUGACAGGACAUUUACGUGAUAGUGAAGUGUUGGAGUGUUUAUUAGGUAUUCCUCAAUUCUCAUUUUGCCAUAUUAAUUAUAUUAAUUAAUUUUAUAAAUAGUUUAUCGAGUGAG